AUAAAAGGAAACUUUGCAAAGGAUCCCUACAAUCAACUGCAAAUCUUCCUAUCUUGUGCUGUCCUAGGCAAAGAUCACAAAGCAAAAAUGUCUGGAGUUAAAGGAGGACAUCAGAAAGCCCAAUGCAAGGACCCGUGCCAGAAGCAGACAAUCUGCCAGGAUCCAUGCCAGAAGCAGACCAUCUGCCAGGAUCCAUGCCAGAAGCAGACUAUCUACCAGGAUCCAUGCCAGAAGCAGACCAUCUGCCAGGAUCCAUGCCAGAAGCAGACUAUCUACCAGGAUCCAUGCCAGAAGCAGACUAUCUACCAGGAUCCAUGCCAGAAGCAGACCAUCUGCCAGGAUCCAUGCCAGAAGCAGACUAUCUACCAGGAUCCAUGCCAGAAGCAGACCAUCUGCCAAGACUCAUGCCAAGAUCCCUGCAAGCCUAUACAGCAGUGCCAAGGAUACCAAAAAGAUCCUUGCAACCCCUGUGUUCCUGAUCCUUGCCAGUCUCAAGGAAAAUAUUACUGAAAGGACAAAUCUGAAGCCAUGGAAGAAGCAAUUUUGCCUUUGAUGCUAAUAAGAACUUAAAUGCCUUAAAUUAUAAAUGUAACUGAAA